GCUAUCAUUGAGUUAUAGAUGGGAUGUUUCCAUCAUGGCGGCAUCCAUUUCGGGAUAUACUUUUAGUUCUGUGUGUUAUCACAGCGCUAACAGCAACUCUGAUCAUGAGGGAUUCCUUUUAGGAGAAGUUAGGCAUGAGGAAACUGUCAGCAUCAGUGAUACACAGAUCAGCAGUUCUGAACUACUCCAAGUAGUAGAAGUCCACAAUCAUGAACCUUGUGCACAGUUAUUUAGCUUUUAUGAUUAUGCUGGACAAGUCAAUGAAGAGAGUCUUAACAGAAUUCUUAAAGACAGACGGAAAAAUGUCAUCGGCUGGUACAGGUUCAGGAGGAACACGCAGCAGCAGAUGUCAUUCAGGGAACAGAUCAUCCAUAAGCAGCUGACCCAGCUCCUGGGAGUGCCUGACCUAGUCUUCCUCCUCUUUAGCUUCAUCUCCACAGCCAACAACUCCACACACGCGCUGGAGUAUGUGCUGUUCAGACCCAACCGCAGCAGGUACAACCAGAGGGUGACCCUCAGCAUCCCAAACCUGGGCAACACCAGCCAGCAGGAAUACAAGGUCUCCUCUGUCCCCAACACCUCACUCAACUACGCCAAGGUCAUCAAAGAGCAUGGGGCUGAAUUUUUUGACAAAGACGGUGUGAUGAAGGAUAUCAGAACAAUUUUUCAAGUCUACGGUGCACUACAAGAUAAAGUGCAAUCUGUAUGUGGAGAGGUUGAGCAGAGUGAACGUGUGAAAGAGAAAGUCCAGGAGGAGGUGAACAAACUCAAACAGCAAAUUGUUCUCAGGAAACGAAAAACCACAGAUGAAGAGAGAAGACUCCAGGAAGCGCAGAACCCUGAGCCACGUCCCACUCCUGAGGAGAACACAGAGCCCCCGGAGACCUCCCUCCUGUCCAGAGUGGCCUUCCACACCCCAUCCACCCCCGAGCGGCCAGGUCCCUCCGCAAACCCUCCUGCCUACGCAGACCUCCUCUCCUUGCAGAACGACUCACUUCUCCCCUUCUCAUCCUCCCCUACCAGUGCUGCGCUGCUCCCCCGGCCCCAGGCUGUGGGCUCCCCAGGCCACCCUUCUCCCAGCCCAUUAGGUCUGGGCCGCAGUGCUGGCCCCAACCUUGCUCCUAGCCCUGGUACGCCCUACCUGGGAAACGGGGACGGAUCCAGCUCUGACUCCCUGGACAGACAGGCCGCAGGGCAAGAGGAUGAUGAUGACGACGAGGAGGAAGAUGAUGAUGAGGACAGCAGCGAGUACGAGAACCUUGUGAGCGAGGUGGGGCAGUUGCCCUCAGUAUCCGCCAGUGUGUUGCUGCAGGGCCGCCCAGCAGCUCUCAGUCCGGACGGCGACGCCUCAGUCCGUGGCUCACAGACCUAGUAGAUGGGGACGUGGGGGGGAGGCUCAAUUAACUGACACACCGGGAUAGGAGGGCGUCCAAACCAAUCAAAGAUAAUUCUUCUAUAUUACAGAGGAAGUGCCAGCCCUGAAAAUAAAAGGCAUGCGCAGGUGGGGUAUUCCGCUGUGUAUAUCUGUUUGUCUUAGUUUGAUCUCUAUUCUGGGGGGGAUGUCAAGCUUCAUGGGGUUUUACUUUUCUGUCUAGCAUGGAAAAGAUAGUCCAUUGGAGCCUGGCUCUCUUCGGUGGAUGUGUUUUGAUUUGGGGACGGAGGACGUUAUAAUGGAAUAAACGCCAACCGGUUUGUCCGACCUCUCCGUA